UCUGCUUUUUUUUUGUUUUGUUUUGUUUUAAGAAAAAAAGUUCUAUCUCCAUAUGUAAACCCAAACUAAUAAAAGUCCUCUCGUGCCCUGGCCAAUGUUCUGUUCGGGUUCUCACAUAAACCCCCUUCCUUCUCUGCUGUCCUUGCCAUGUCCUAGCCCAGCAUAAGUUCUUCUUUCCCCUCAAAGCUGUGGCUGCCCCAUCCCUGGAAGUGUCCAAGGCCAGGUUGGAUGGGGAGCAACCUGGUCUAGUGGAAGGUGACCCUGCCCAUGGCGGGGGGGUGGAACUGGAUCUCUUUAAAGUUCCUUCCAACCCAAACCAUUCCAUAAUUCUGUGCUAAGAUCUCAUUAGACUUGUUAAUCUUUAUUUAGAAGAUAAAGCUAAACUUCCCUGCAGCAAUUAAACUCAGCACUGAUGAGCUCAUUUGUGUUCUUUAAGUGAAAUUCCCGAAAGGCCACACAAUUCCAUUUAUAAAAUAGCAGUGAAAAUGUAUUUAAAAAGAAAGGCGGAGUGGAGUGGGUGCACCCUAAAUGUGAAUGGUUUUUUGCAGGAUUUUAUGUGAGGAUUUCAGUCUGUACACUUCACCUACUUCUGUUUGUCUCUUUAUUUAUCAAAUAGAGAGAGGAAUGGGAGUAGAAGUUAAUGGUUAAUGGCUCAUUAGGAUUUCUCAUCAUCUAAAUUAACACGUGCUUUACUUUUUAUGAAAUGUUAAGACAAAUAUGGGGAACCAGAUUUUAUUUUUGCCUUGUGAGCUCACUUCUGUAUUUGAUUUUUUCAGAAAUAAAUCUCUAAUCCUGUUUCUCUCUGUGCUUCUGGGUCAUGUGCGUGUGUCUGCGUGGGCACACCUGGGUGGUGGCUUCUCAUCUCCCACUUCACACUGUUCACUGAAUGCAUUUCAGUAGCUGCUUAAAGAGGAAAAAUCCAUCAGUUUGCAAGAGUGUGUUGAUACAUUUCUUCUUUUUAUUUUAUUUUUUAACUUGUUGCUUCUUUAGUACUUUUAAGGUGGUCAAAUGGAUAGCUUUGGCUCUUUUAUUUGGGGCUUUUUUGGGGGCAGGAGUGUAUUUUGUUUUUACUUUUAUGUCUGUGCUUGCAGUACGUUCUGAUGUUCAUCACAGCAACGGGGAAUAUUAAAAUUUGACUGAUGGCAAAGAUGAUGAACUUCUCCCAUUCCAAAGGGAAAGAGCCUGGAGUCUGUGUUCCCAGGAGCAUCAGAGAACCAGAAGGGAGCUGGAGGGAAGAAGACCCCAAUGUUGUGUGGUCAGUAUCCGACUAAGAGUGAGGGGAAGGAACUGAAGAUUGUGGUGCAGCCGGAGACCCAGCACAGGGCUCGUUAUCUGACCGAGGGCAGCCGGGGCUCUGUGAAGGACCGGACACAGCAGGGCUUUCCCACGGUGAAGCUGGAGGGUCACAACGAGCCGGUGGUGCUGCAGGUGUUUGUGGGGAACGACUCCGGGCGUGUGAAGCCGCACGGGUUCUACCAGGCCUGCAGAGUCACUGGGAGAAACACCACCCCCUGCAAGGAGGUGGAUAUAGAGGGGACCACAGUCAUCGAGGUCGGGCUGGACCCAAGCAACAACAUGACACUGGCGGUUGAUUGUGUGGGAAUCCUGAAGCUGAGGAAUGCUGAUGUUGAAGCCAGGAUAGGGAUUGCCGGGUCCAAGAAGAAGAGCACGCGCGCCCGGCUGGUCUUUCGCGUCAACAUCACGCGCAAGGACGGCUCCACUCUGACCCUGCAGACACCUUCUUCCCCCAUUCUGUGCACUCAACCAGCGGGAGUUCCAGAGAUCCUAAAGAAAAGUCUCCACAGCUGUUCAGUGAAGGGUGAAGAGGAAGUUUUUCUGAUUGGCAAGAACUUCCUAAAGGGAACAAAAGUGAUUUUCCAAGAGAAUGUUUCUGAUGAGAAUUCCUGGAAGGCAGAAGCUGAAAUAGAUAUGGAAUUAUUUCAUCAGAAUCACCUUAUUGUGAAGGUGCCACCAUAUCACGACCAGCAAAUAACCUCAGCUGUUUCUGUGGGAAUAUAUGUGGUGACCAACGCUGGGAGAUCUCACGAUGUGCAGCCCUUUACCUACACUCCAGAUCCAGCAGCUGGGACUCUGAAUGUUAAUGUGAAGAAGGAAAUCUCCAGCCCAGCCCAACAUUGUUCUUUUGAAGAGGCUAUAAAAGCAGUGAAGGCCUCAGGCUGUAACCUGGAGAAGGUGAACAUUCUUCCUAGUGCCUUGAUAACUCCACUCAUGCCAAGCAGUAUGAUUAAGAACGAAGAUGUGGCUCCAAUGGAAGUAAGUGCAGAAAAACGCUCUCCCCCCACGUUCCAGGCUUCAAAUGUGGUUGGACCAACUCAACAAACAUUGGAAAAUAGCAUGUCUGGCAUAUCAACUUCUGCUUCCCAUUUACCUUCUGAAAGUGAAAACCAGCAGCAAAUCCAGCCCAAGGUGUACAACCCAGAGCCCCUGACCACAAUCCAGACCCAGGACAUUUCCCAGCCUGGCAGCUUCUCAGCAGUGUCCACUCCGGGGCAGCUGCAGAACAGCGACGCGUUACUGCAGCAAGCUGCCCAGUUCCAAACGAGGGAUUCCCAGACCAGGGAAGUGCUGCAGUCAGAUGGCACAGUAGUGACUCUGUCACAGUUGACUGAUGCAUCACAACAACAACAGUCCACGCUCUCAGAGCCAGCACAGGCCUUGCAGCAGCAGAUUUCAUCGAGUAUCUUCUCAUCGGCCAGCGGCGUGAGUCAGUUACAGAACACGAUACAGCAGCUCCAGGCUGGGAAUUUUCCAACCAACACUGCCACUGGCAGCAAUAGGAACGUUGACUUGGUGCAGCAGGUUUUGGAAGCUCAGCAGCAGUUAUCUUCCGUUCUGUUCUCUGGUUCAGACAGCAGCGAGGAUGUCCAAGAUCAGCUGAACGCAGAUAUCUUUCAGCAGGUCAGCCAGAUACAGAAUAGUGUAAAUCCUGGGAUAUUUUCCUCCUCAGACACAGCUGUCCAUUCCAGAGCGGAGAACCUUUUGCCUGGGCGAGCUGAGAACGUUCACUCUCAGCCUGAGAACUCCCUGUCCAACCCCCAGCAGCAGCAGCAGCAGCAGCAGCAGGCGAUGGAGACGUCGGCGGCGAUGGUGAUCGGGAUCCAGCAGAACAUGUGCCCGGCGGCCACGCCGAUGCAGUCGGAUCUGUUCUCCUCCACAACAUCGGGGAACGGAGCCCUGCAGCAGUCCCCGGUGUACCAGCAGGCUUCUCACAUGAUGAGUGGGUUAUCAACUAAUGAAGACAUGCAAAUGCAGUGUGAAUUAUUCUCCUCGUCCCCUGGUGUCUCGGGGAGCGAGGCGGCUGCCCCUGCCCAGCAGCAGGUCUCCAACAACGGCCCUGCCAUGUUCCAGGCAUCCAAUUCUGCAGAUGGAGAAGAGGCUUCGGGACAGAGUAAGCAGAUGCAGAGCUCUGUGUUUCAAACCAUGGUUCAGAUGCAGCACAGUGGGGAAAGUCAGUCCCAGGUUAAUCUCUUCUCAUCUACCAAAACCAUGAUGAGUGUCCAGGCGAGUGGGACUCAGCAGCAAGGGGGGGGCCUGUUCCAGCAAGGUGGGGAAAUGAUGUCGAUCCAGUCGGGAAGCUUCAUGCAACAGUCUCCACACUCACAGGCUCAGCUUUUCCACUCUCAGAAUCCUAUUGGUGAUACUCAGAAUAUAUCCCAGGAAACACAAGGUUCUCUUUUUCAUAGCUCAAAUUCCAUUGUCCACAACCAGACCAACACUAACUCCUCUGACCAACUGCAGCCCCCGAUGUUCCACUCUCAGAAUGCCAUGGGUGUCUUGCAGAGCUCCUCGGUUCCUCAAGACCAGCAGUCUGCCAACAUGUUCCUCUCCCAGAGUUCCAUGAGCAACCCUGCCACUCAGGAAGAACAGAUGUCAUUCUUUACAAGCCCAAAUUCCAUUUCUUCUCUUCAGACAGCAACAAACACUGAACAGCAGACUUCUUUCCAGCAGCAGACCCAGAUAUCUCAUAUCCAGAGUUCCAUACUUCCCCAGGAGCAGCCUCAGACCCAGCCUGCUCAGCAGGGUUUGUUUCAGUCUCAAGUGUCGUUGGGCUCCAUCCAGUCCAGCUCCAUCCCUCAGAACCAACAAGGAGCCAUCUUCCAACCUCAGCAUUCGAUCGUUGCUAUCCAGAGCAGUCCUCCAGCGCAAGAACAGCAGCAGCAGCAGCAGCAGAACAUGAUGUUCAGCAAUCAAAGCGCAAUGGGUACCAUGGCCUCUCAAAAGCAAAACAUGAUUUUCAAUCCCAAUCAAAACCCAGUUACCAACCAGGAGCAGCAAGGCCAGUCCAUUUUCCAUCCACAGACGAACAUGGCAUCGAUGAACCAGGAGCAGCAGCCCAUGCAAUUCCAGAGUCAGACCCCAGUGUCUUCUCUCCAGAAUCCUGGCUCCAACCAGGCCGAAGCACAGCAGCCAACCAUCUUCCAUAACUCGCCCCAGAUUCAGCUGGUCCAAGGGUCCCCAAGUUCUCAAGAGCAACAAGUCACCCUGUUCAUCUCCUCAGCUUCCAUGUCUGCCCUGCAGAACAGCAUGAGCCAGCCGGAGCUGCAGCAGUCUCCCAUGUACUCCUCUCAGAACAGCAUGGCGGGAAUGCCAGGAACUGCCUCUCCUCCCCAGCAACAGGCCCCUUUGUUCCACAACACAGCAGGAGGUGCCAUCAACCAGCUGCAGAAUUCCCCUGCGUCAUCCCAGCAGACAUCAGGAAUAUUCCUGUUUGGCAUCCAAAACAACUGUGGCCAGCUGCUCACCUCGGGGCCAGCCCCACUGCCAGAGGAGCUGAUGGCCAUGGGCCAGCCCGGGCAGCCCCAGGGCGAGGGGCAGGCGGCGGUGCCGGCGCUCCUGUCCCAGCAGAUCUCGGAGCCGGCGCCGCUGCCGCCGGCGAUGGCACCCAACCAGAACAUGGAGAAAAUUGAUGAUCUGCUCGUGUCCUUGCAAAACCAGGGGAACAACAUGGCUGGCUCCUUCUAAUCUGGCAAAAAUUCUGUGAAGAAAAAAACCCGACGAUUUCCCAGAUCCUCUCAGACCUUCCGACUCUGGAUUAGGCUGCGUGGAACUGAUUGCUUCUGUGGAAAAGUGGCCCUCUCUAAAGAGCACACACGUGGCCAGUGGCAGACCUGGGGCCACAGCCAUGGAAUUUGGGCUCUGUAGUGCCAAUAAUGCUGAGGAGUUAUGCUUUGUGUUACUGGGGCAUGGGAUUGGGCUGUUACCAGGUUCCUAAACCUCAUUACCGUGGGGGCUCUUUGAAUUUAAAGCAUAUCUGGUCAGUUAUUAUUGUUGUUAGAAGGUAAUCCCUGUUACCAUGUUUACUUUUUUCCCCUUCUCUUCCUUCUUCACAUCCCCUCUUUUGCCUAGGAAAGCUCAUGAAGCAGGAACAGCAGUUUCCUCUGACAUGAGCUGUGUCUCAGCUGUCAGUAAGUGAUGGAAUCUCACAAUUGACAUGGAGUGGGACAGCCAAAUCUGCGAUUUAUUAAUUGAAAAUAUUGAUAUAACCAAGCAGAGAAUUGUUGCUAUAGAUAGCCAGAGGUGAGCAAUUCCCAUCUGAGAAUGGGAUUAACAAUUUUCCACAUCUCUUAGCUGUACAUAGAGCAAGGGUUUGGUGGCUCUGCAGAAUGAAGAAAUGAAGGGGAACUUCCAGUUACUCUUAAAAUUUUCUCCUCUAAAACACCUUCAGCUUGUAAAGAACAUUCUGGCUGAGGAAGGAACUCCUCUGUGUCUCUCACUCUGACUGAUGGGUUAGAGCUCUGUAAAGUCUCAUUAGCUGUUCCCAAACCAGCCUUCUCCCUUUCAUCCUUUCCAUGGUUUUCCUUUUCUCCCUCAGUUUCAUACUGUGUUUUUAAAGAAAAGACAUAAAUAUCCUACUGGCUUUAAAGCUCAGAAGCAGCUUUUAGGAAUCCCUGGCAGUAAAUUGCUUAGUCAGUAGAAGCUUUGAUAAAUAAUCAAGGAGUAAGGACGGAGGAAGCAAUUUCCCCACCACCUUCUAAACGCAGGAAUCCCCCUUAACCUGCCCUUUUCCAGCUGUGACUGAUGGAAAUCUUCAGCUUGGCUUUACUCCAAGUAGGGGGCAAAUUGCAUCAUUUUUAAGCCUUCUUAAAACAUCACUUCGUCCUGAGCUGUUGCAUCUUUGUAGCACGUGGAGCUCAUUGCAGUUCUGAAGUGAUUUUUCCUUUUUCUACCACCAAGCCCCAAGUCUGGUUUCUAGAUUGUCGUGUUUAAUUCAGAAAUAAAUCAUUGACUAUUGUUACCGAAUGUAAAAACAACCCACUCCAGACCAUGCAGGUGUAUUGUGAGGCAUGUGAAUUUUUUGGGUGCUUCAACUCUCGGGACAGUUUGUGAUCUCUCACUAAAGCCUCGCUCAGAUCCGUGUUCUCCUCCCGCUCCCCGGGCGGCCGUAACGCCUCGUAGAGUGUAGUUGGUGUCACGUCAUUCUUCAUUUUUGUUAUUUGAAAUAACAAAAGAACAGUCUGUAAAUGGUUGGUUUUUUUUUUAAGUUCCUCGAGUCUGUUUACUGUGUGUUUUCCCCUUAACUUGUGUGCGUAGUUGAGCCGUGUAGAGUUUUUGUUGGUUUUCCUGGAUUUUCCCUGUUUGUGGGUCUGUCACGACGUUCACUUUCUCUUUCUGUCUCUCUCUUUCUCUCUCUCAUUGAGAGGCAUUGAAUUACGUUUUCAGUAGUAAGGCUUCUUGCCGAUAUGAAGGGAACUUUUCAGAAAGAGACCUGCUCUGGGUCAUUUAAUUUUGAAUACAGUUUUCAAUCGUUCAAGUUUUGGAUGGUUUAUAUCUAAUGUGUGUUUCAUUUUUUUGGAAAGCUAUAUUUUGUAUUUAGGAAAUGGUAUAACUAUUUUGCUAUUUGUACUGAGUGAGUACAUUGGCAUAAAUAUAAAAAAUUUAUAUAUAUACAUAUAUAUAAAAUAUUCUUUUUGCCACACAUUUUUGUGGUAAAUUUGUGAGUUUGUCUGAUGUUCUACCACAACGUGGCGUCUGAUAACAGUGGGGUGGGGUGGGGUUUGUUAUGUCUUUAUUGAGUAUUUAAGUACUUUUUGCAACAUAAAUAACGUGUUCAUCUCUCGCCAUUCCAUCAGGCAGUGUUGGUCCAGCUGGCCAUGAGAAGCUUCGCUCUGUGUUCGGUGUGUCCCUUAUUCACAGUCUGGGAAGGAAACCCAGAGGCAUUUAGGAUUAUACAAAACAUGAAAUAUCGGGGUUUCCCUCAGAAUGAGCCAUUCAGCUUUUCUCCACUCUCAUUGCCUAUUUAAUAUUUUAUUAUUAGCGCCUCUGUGUUUUAACUCUUAAUUUAUAAUUAUGCUCAAACUUCGAAAAUUUUAAUCAUGACAAAACAAAUUCCCUGCUGCAUCAUGUCCAGAGCUGCUUUAACCCCAGCCAGACUUUUUUCUUUUUGUGGGUUUGUUGUUUUGUUUUUUUUUUUUCCCCUGCUAAGACAAAAUAUUAACAACAUCUUGUAAUGGUUCAUGAUGUGAAAGCAGCAGCCUCACAGCAGUGACCAAAUGCUGUGUGGGGCUCAGACUGAGAACUAUGGACUGAAACAACUUCCAGAGGGCCAUGGAAGUCCGUAGCCAGUUAUUGGAAAAGGAACUGACGGUGUUUGCAGGAUACAUUUCCCAGGACAAGCUGCUGGGUGUCACCUGGGGCCAUCAUACACAGGAGAAGUGACAGGAAUGAUCAAUUCACUCCGUGCUGCUUCAGUUUGUUUGUUGUUCCGAAGGGGUGUAUCUGUAUGUUGGUCAGUGCCAAGUCACCAGGGACCAAUUCUCCAUGGAACAGGAUGGGUGCCCAGAAGAGAACCUCAUCCCAGGACUGCCACAGCUCCAAGGCAGUAUGUUUGAAUUGUGGGUUUGUUUGAGAUCCCUUGUGAAGAGAAGAGAAAAAGAUGUACAAAACAAACCAAUCAAGGGCUGUGCUAUCCCAGUUUUCCCUUCUGGAAACACCUCCUUUCCUCGUGUUAGAUUUACCUGUUCAUUUUAGGUCAAUGUUUAAAUGUACAACACUUUGAACAUGUGAUUUGGUUACAAAAAGUAUUUGUCUGUGACUGAAGAGGUCGCUCAGCGGUUGGCAUGUGCUCAGAGCUGUUUCAGAGGACGGAGGGAUUGGAUCAGCCAAAAAAGAGCUGAAGGACAGGCUGCAGGAUGUCACAGGAGCCACAUCUGUGUUUUACCAGAGUCCUGAGCAUUUUCUUCUGUAAUUAAGCAGUUGAGAUUGGUCAGUGGAGCUUUAUCUGCUUUGUUUGAUCCCUGUGUUUCCCCCUCUGCUCUCCGGGAGCACACGGAUUGCUGGCACUGUGUCUGGUCCCUUUGACUGAGAAAGAAGAUCCCGAGGUUUUAGUCUCUGUAAAUCAAGCCUCCGUGGGGGGAUAUCAGAGCACAGUUUGUGGGCACAGGUGAGGAUUUAGGGAGAGGAACCUGCCAGGCACAGCCCCACGUCCACACACGUUCUCUCAGCCACUUUUACAUUGUGAGUGUGCACAGAGACACAAAAAUCACACACCCAACACUUAAUGCACAGUUUUAGCUGAAUGUCUCCUCUGGCAGGGCCUUAUUGGUGCUUUGUGCUUAAUUAGCAAGUUGUUAUUAAUUGCCUCCUCACUGCCUGAUCUUUCAGCGAGCCAAAUGCUUUGCUCUUAUUUUAACACAAAUCUAGUUCAAGAAGCAAUUCCAGGCUGGCAGUUCUGAAGUGGAUAUUGAAUCUCCAAUCAUUUAUUAUAAUUACCUCUAAUCACUGACAGGGUGGUUGCUUCCCAUGUAGUUUUAAGAUAAAAUAAGGCCUGAGCAGUUAAACAUUGACAGGUUUUUCACUCGAAGUGCCAAGUCUGGGCAGCUCUGUCAGUGGACAUUCCCCUCAUUUGGAUAAGUUGCAACUUUGCAACUUAUUUUUUUUUAAAGUUUCUAUUGAGAUUUUGAUUUAGGAUCUAAUUUUUAAAAGGAAAACGUGUCUGAACAGUUUUUUAUUCCUGAUUUCUUGUGCCCCUGCUUGGCAAACUGUUUGGUUCCUUUUCUAGGGGCAUGGCAUGAGAGGAGUGCAGGGAGCACUGUCUGAAUGGGAGAAGCAGGAACAAGGAGAGGGAAUUGCUUGGCAUGCUCUGAGCUGUAGGUGGAAGAUGCAAAGAGGAAAUACUGGUCACUGGUGACUUCUCAUUAGUGCAAAAUUGACUUUCAAGGAGUCAGUGGGUUUUGUGGUCCAGAACACUGGGAGCAGCUCUGUUCUUUAGAAGCUAAAAGGAAACAGCACUGAGAUGCUCUGUUUUUUCAAGGGUUUUGUUUUAAUUUGGGCUUAGUUAGUCUUUUGGGGCAGAUUGUGAGCCCUUUGUGUUUGUGCUCAGCCCAGUUAUGCCAGUUGUGGUGCCCUGUGCAGGGAGUCUGUGCCCACUGCUCCAGGAUGAGCAAGAGGGUCAGGGUUGGAAAUGGGAUAAAUGUGUUUAGAUACAAAGAAAAAUACAGCAGGGGGCAAACUCCUAUAAAAGGGAACUUGUAAAAUUCUCCAGUGGAGUGGGGGGCUCAGAGGGGUUACACAGGAGGAGAGGCUUUUCCUCUCACAUUCUGUAUAGGAAUGUAAAUAUGCACUGCCUGUAUAUUCUAGGAUUAUAUAUAUGUAUAUAGAGGAGUCAUAUCUAUUAUAUAUAAAUAACUAGACACAUGCAUAGAAUACUGUUAUAUUUACAUUUUUAUAAACAUGAAAUAAUAUUCCUUUUCCUUAGUAGGAGGUUUUUGUAGUCACUCAUGAGUAGCUGUCUCAGCACCUCUCAGUCCUGUAUGUGUGGCCCUGUUGGUAACGUGACUCCAGAAUUUGCUUUGCUUGUGAAUGUCACUGAAAUCUGUGGGUUUGAACAGCUGUGGCCACUUUUGUAUUUUUAUAUCUUUUUAUUAAUACUUGCAGAUAUGGGUUAGAGUAGAACUGACAAGCAGGUGGAGGCCUGUCUGAGGAUGGGCUGUGGAAGCGCAGUGGCAGCACAGGCCUCCUGCAUCCCUGAGCUCCUGUCUGGCUUCCUUUGAGCCCUUGCAGGACUUUUCCCAUUCCCAAUCUCCCAGCAGCUCGUGCAGACAGGGAAUGGUGGUGGCUGUGCUGUGGAGGAGCUGGGCUCACACCAGUCAGAUAUGUUGGUCCUUGUUGUGUAGCAAAGGGGCCCUGUUGCUCAGCUGGCUGUGUUGGGUCAGGGAGGAGAAGCUUCCUCUGCCAUUCCUCUUUAUUCCCAUAGGGGCAGGAGUCUGUAAAGUGUUUUUUAUCUGAAUUGUUAUUGCAACAGUCAACUUCAAGAGAACUCCUUGAAAGCCAGUGAAGCUCCCCUUGGCUUUUGACCAUGAGGGACCUGUUGUCUCGUGCUGAUUCCUUACAGGUUCUGUGAGGAAUUAAACCCUAAGAAUCAUAGAACCAUAGAAUAUGCUGAGUUGGAAGGGACCCUCAGGGAUCAUCCAGUCCAAAUCCUGGCCCUGCACAGGACACCCCAGCAAUCCCACCCUGUCCUGAGAGCGUUGUCCAAACGCUCCUUGAGCUCUGGCAGCCUUGGGGCUGUGACUACUGCCCUGGGGAGCCUGGUCAGUGCUCGACCACCCUCUGGGGGAAGAACCUUUCCCUGUUAUCCAGCCUCACCCUCCCCUGACACAGCUUCAUGCUAUAAAAUGCAGGUCAUAAAAUCAAUGGUGUGUGUUGUGUCCACCAUGACUUUUCAUGCCAAAUCCAGCGUGUUCUACUGGAAUUUGACAUGGGGUGGAUCAGGCAUUGUUGUUGUGGCGCAGGGUUCAUCAGAUCACCUCCAGCACACUGCCAGCCAGUGUCCUUAUUUCUUCUCUUGGAGUUUGCAGGGCUGAUCUCUGCCCUUUCCUUUUUGCUGUUACAGUUCAUUAAAUUGCCAGGUAACAUUCCCUGGAUGGGGAUGGGGUGAGGAAUCUGAGGUUCAGGUUCCAAGGCUCCCUUACCCAGCAGCCACUGGGUGGCAUUCCAGCUGCAUGCUUUGCUCCAGGCUUGAGAUUAGGAAGGGUCCUGCGUUCAGGAGACAGGUAAAUGGCCUUGGCUUGGUUUUGGCCCCUGGAGCUGCUCUGCUGAGAGCUGGGAAUGGCCUGACCUGAGUGUCCUUGGGCAGGAGCUGUUUGGGGUAACAGUUCCUGGAGGGAAGUUUGUUUGAAAGUGGCUCUCUGAGUGUUGCAGAACUGGGAUCACAUUCCAGUGCCCUUAGCAGCCUGCAGUAUUCCUGAAGCUCUUUUAUUCUGGAUAAAACAAAGUGAUUUGAAUUAUUUCCAUCUGAGCUGAUGCUGAGCAAACUCCAACCCCUUCCGAGCAGAGCUCCAACCUCUGUUCCUGGCUGCACCUCUGGUGGCCUCCUCACCUGUCUGCAGGUGUUCCAGGUGUUCUGGGUGCACCGUCCAGCACUGAGCUGCCUCUUCUGUGUCCUGCAAUGUGAAAGUAGCACCAGAUACUCCUUUGUGCAGUUCUGUGUAUAUGGCUUUCGUAGGUGGGGUUUUCCAAGCACUGAUUCCCGGUGUUUUCAGUUUGUCUCUGAGGGGAUAUUUUAUUUGCAUCUAUGUUUUUAGCUCUCCUGUGAUAACUUGUUGAAUAUUAAAAAAAAAAAAAAAAUAUUUUGCUUCUAUUGGGACAUUUGUAUACUCGCAACUAUAUUUCUGUAAACAGCUGCAGUCGAGAAUAAAACGAUGAAAGUUUUCA